GGCUGGGAGCCCAGCAGAGGUGCCCGGCCAGCAGUUCCUCUCCAGCGGCGACACCAUGCUGGGGCUCUGGCUGCUGCUGCUGCUGCCCCACGGGGGAGCCCUGCUCAGCACAGACCCCACGACUGGAAAUACCACUGACCCCAAUGCUGAGGGAAGCCUACAGUCCACCCUGGAAAAGGGCUGGUGUUCCUUAUGGGGGGCUGGCCACUUCUCCACCUUUGACCACCACGCCUACGACUUCCUGGGGACCUGCAACUACAUCUUUGCGGCCAGCUGCAAGGGUGCCUCACCUACCUUCAGCAUCCAGCUGCGGCGAGGGGCGGACGGGAACAUCUCUCGGAUCAUUGUGGAGCUAGGGUCCUCCGUCGUCACCGUGAAUAAGACGACGGUCUCCAUCAAGGACAUCGGGGUGGUCAGCCUGCCCUACACCAGCCAGGGGCUCCAAAUCACACCCUACGGCCAGAGUGUGCAGCUGGUGACCAAGCAGGUGGAGCUAGAGCUGGUGGUCAUGUGGGGCCCAGACGCCCACCUCAUGGUUCUGGUGGAGAGGAAGUACAUGGGCCAGAUGUGUGGGCUGUGUGGGAACUUCGACGGGAAGACGGACAAUGAGUUUCUGAGCGAGGAUGGCACACUCCUGGAGCCCUACAAGUACGCUGCACUCCAGAAGCUGGAUGACCCCAACGAGAUCUGCACCUUUGAGGCCAUCCCCAGGCCCCCCGUCCUGCAGGCCACACAUGUCGGGAUCUGCACCGAGCUGCUGACCCAGGUGUCCCCUGAGUGCGAUGUGCCCAAGAAGCCCUUGGUGCUGAGCUGCCAGGUGGACAUGGCUACAUGUGCCCAGCCGGGCCAGCAGAACUGCAGCUGUGCCACUCUGUCAGAGUACUCCCGCCGGUGCAGCAUGGCACACAGGCCUGUCAGCAACUGGCGGGGCCCCGGCCUCUGCUCCGUGGGCCAGUGCCCAGCCAACCAGGUGUAUCAGGAGUGUGGCACGGCCUGCAUCAGGACCUGCUCUAACCCACAGCACAGCUGCUCCAGCCCCUGCACCUUUGGCUGCUUCUGCCCCAAAGGAAUGGUACUCAAUGACCUCUCCAACAACCACACCUGUGUGCCGGUCAGCCAGUGCCCCUGCCUGCUCAACGGAGUCGCCUACAGCCCUGGGGAGGUCGUGAGGGCUGCCUGCCAAAGCUGCCAGUGCACCAUGGGCCACUGGACGUGCACAGGGCAGCCGUGCCCGGGCCACUGCUCUCUGGAAGGCGGCUCCUUCGUUACCACAUUCGAUGCCAGGCCCUACCGCUUCCACGGCACCUGCACCUACAUCCUCCUCCAGAGCCCCCAGCUUCCCAACGAGGGCACGCUCAUGGCCGUGUAUGACAAGUCGGGCUACUCACACUCAGAGACGUCGCUGGUCGCCAUCAUCUACCUGUCCGGGCAGGACAAGAUUGUAAUCUCCGAGGAUGAGGUGACCAACAAUGGAGACACCAAGUGGCUCCCCUACCAGACCCGCAACAUCACCAUCUUCAGACAGACGUCUACCCACCUCCAGAUGGCCACCACCUUCGGGCUAGAGAUCGUGGUCCAGCGUCAGCCCGUCUUCCAGGUGUACAUCACCCUCGGGCCGCAAUUCAGAGGCCAGACCAGAGGGCUCUGUGGCAACUUCAACGGGAACACGACCGAUGAGUUCACAAGCAGCGCAGGCAUUGACGAGGGCACAGCUGCGCUCUUCGUGGACUCCUGGCGGGCAGGGAACUGCCCGGCUGCCCUGGAACGGGAGAUUGACCCCUGCUCCAUGAGCCAGCUCAACAAGAUGUACGCAGAGACUCACUGCUCGGUGCUGCUAAAGAAGGAUGGUGUGUUCGAGAAGUGCCACGCUGUGCUGGACCCCAAGCCUUUCUACAAGAGGUGCGUGUACCAGGCCUGCAACUAUGAGGAGACCUUCCCGCACAUCUGCGCAGCCCUGGGCGCGUACGUGCACGCCUGCUCCUCCCAGGCCGUGCUGCUCGGGGACUGGAGGGACAGCGUGGACAACUGCACCAUCCCUUGCACCGGCAACCGCACCUUCAGCCAGCAGAGCCAGGCCUGUGACCACACCUGCCUAUCCCUGUCCAACCGCGAGGUGGAGUGCCACCCCAGCGCAGUGCCCGUGGAUGGCUGUAACUGCCCUGACGGCACCUACCUGGACCACAGGAAUGAGUGUGUGCGCAAGGCCCAGUGCCCCUGCCUGCUGGAGAGUCACAAGUUCAUCCUGGCCGGCCAGUCCACCAUGGUCAACGGCAUCAUCUGCCACUGCAUCAAUGGACGGCUGAGCUGCCCAGGGCAAUCGCAGGUGUUCUUGGCUUCCUGCCCAGCCCCCAAGACAUUCCAGUCCUGCAGCCAGUCCUCAGAGGACAAGUUUGGGGCCGCAUGUGCCCCCACGUGCCAGAUGCUGGCCACCGGCAUCACCUGUGUGCCCACUAAGUGUGAGCCUGGCUGCGUCUGUCCUGAGGGGUUCUACGAGGAUACCAGUGGGCAGUGUGUGCUCCCCGGGCAGUGCCCCUGUGACUUUGCGGGGGUCUCCUACCCCGGGGGUGCUGUGCUCCGCACCGACUGCAAGAACUGCACCUGCUCACAGGGGAAGUGGACCUGCCAGCAGAGUGCCCAUUGCCCAUCUACCUGCACUCUCUACGGGGAGGGCCACAUAAUCACUUUCGAUGGGCAGCGCUUCGUCUUUAAUGGCAACUGCAAGUACACUCUGGCCACGGAUGACUGUGGUGCCAACUCCCAGCCCAGCUUCAAGAUCCUGGUGGAGAAUGUCGUCUGCGGGAAGUCAGGGGCAACCUGCUCCCGAGCCAUCCAGAUCCUCCUGGGCGGCCUGACUAUCACGAUGGCAGACAGAAACUACUCCAUCAGCGGGGAGAACUCCCAGGUGCACGUGCUGGUGAAGCCCAGCUCCUUGAACCUGGUUCUGGACGUAGAUAUCCCCAACCGGCUCAACAUGACGCUGGUCUGGAACAAGCACAUGAGCGUCUCCAUCAGGGUCCAUCGCGCCUCCCAGGACGCCCUCUGUGGCUUGUGUGGCAACUGCAACGGGAACAUGAAGGAUGACUUUGAGACACGCAGCAAGUACGUGGCGUCCAACGAGUUGGAAUUCGUGAACUCAUGGAAAGAGAGCCCGCUGUGCAGCGAUGCGAGCUACGCAGAAGACCCCUGCAGCCUCAACCCCUUCCGCCGCCCCUGGGCAGAGCGCAAGUGCAGCAUCAUCCACAGCCAGACCUUCACAGCCUGCCACAGCAAGGUCUACCGCAUGCCCUACUACGAGGCCUGCGUGCGGGACGCCUGCCUGUGCGACAAGGGUGGGGACUGUGAGUGCCUGUGUGACGCAGUGGCCGCCUACGCCAAGGCCUGCCUGGACAAGGGCGUGUGCGUGGACUGGAGGGCCCCAGACUUCUGCCCCAUCUACUGCGACUUCUACAACACCCACUCGCAGGUGGGCGACGGCAAGUUCCAGUACACGCAGGAGGCCAACUGCACGUGGCACUACCAGCCCUGCCUCUGCCCUGGCCGCCUGGACAGCUUCCCAGACACGAAUGUCGAAGGCUGCUACAACUGCUCCCAGGAUGAGUACUUCGACCACCGCACGGGGACCUGUGUGCCCUGCAUGCCAUCCAACACCACCCUGCCGCUGCUGCCGACCACAGGUGCACCACCCACAGAAGUCCAGCCCAGCACAGGGGCCUCCAGGACCACCAGCCCUGGGCCUAGCUCCCUACCCAUAGCUACGUACCCCACUGCCCAACCCUCAACCCCUGCCUCCACUGAGGACUGGACACUCUUGACCACACGGAUGCCAUCGGCACUCUCCUCAGGCGCCACACGGAGGUCGACACCCACAGGACUGACGGUGACGGAAGCCAUAACACAGGCCACAGCAGCUCCCGAGAGCCAAGGCACAAAGUCCACAGCUCAGUCAACAGCCAGAACCACGGAGGCCCCACCAAGCUCAAGACCAGGAACACUUCCCAGCCCAGAGACACCAACCCCCCAGGGAAUGCUCAGAACGACCAGGAGUCCUGGGACCAGCAGCACACAGCCACCGGGUGCUCUCAGAACAACAUCGCCACAGCAAGAAGCCGAUGACACAGAACCCUCCACAGCAGCCACAUCCAGUCUCGGGACAGAAAACACAGCCUCCUCCAUCAAACCACAUGGAACCACCAUCAACACACGGCACACGGCCAACACGGUGACCUCAGCCGCUCCGCACAGUUCAAACACCCUCACAGGGGGGUUUCACACGACCACUGGUCUCAGGAUGCCGCUGCCCUCUCUAGGCUCCACACUGUCCACCCCCUCUCCAACAGAAACUUCUCUUAGCCAUAUAAGCCCAUCCAGCGAAGUGGUCCCCUCUAAAAACUCAGACACAAGUUCAGUGACCCCCACCCUUUCAACCACAGUGGUCAGGGCCACUGGACCCACCUACACCUCUCCAACGGGCUCCGGUCUUUCAACCACAACAGUCAAGGCCUCUGGACCCACAAGCACUGCACCACUGGUAACCACAUCUGCCAGGGCCACUACACGAGCCAACCUCUCCGUCGCCACUUCCAGAUCCUCCACUGCACCUCUCUCCUUCCCAUCAACCACUACUUACUUGAAAAGCACUUUACCUCCUGCCACAAGCAUCAAGCAAACCAUGAGCGCAAUGGCACUCACCUCCGGGACAAUUCUCAGCACUCAACAAAUCCCAUCCACCUCUCACUCCUUCUACACCAUGUCUGCCUCCACCACGGUCCGCCCUUCCAUCCACCUCACGGGAACGUCCCUCAAGACCAGCAGCACAUUCCCGACUCCCACUGGGCCCCAGACCUCACCUACGUCUCUGCUUUCCACACUCUCCACUACCCCUCUCACAUCACCUUCUCACCGGCCCACCAGCCCUGAACUGUUAUGGAGCACUUCCUCCCCAAGGUUAAUGGGCUCCAGUCUUUCAACUACAGCCUUCCAGUCCACUGGACCCACAAGCAGUGCAGCGCAGAUGACCACAUCUUCCACGGUCUCCACACAAGCCCGCAGUUCAGUUGUCACUUUUACAACCUCUGAUUCCUCCUUGUCACACCUUUCCUCCUCGCCAUACAUUCAAUCCACCUCACCCCUCUCCACCAACAUCGUAACCACACCCACCAACAGACAAUCUCGAAGUCCUAUGGCCCACACCUCCUCUGCCACUCAUACUAGUACACACCCCUUAGGGACCUCUCAGUCUCCAUACACGGCAUCUGCCUCCACCACUCUCCAGCAUUCUGUGCCCGUCUCUGGAACGUCCCUCCAGACCACCAGUGCAUAUCCAACUUCAACUGGCCACAAGUCCUCAGUUACCUCUCUGGGUACCACGUUGUCCACUAUCUCUCUUGCACCAACUUCUCCGAGCCUUACCAGCCCGUCCAGCCCAGAGCUGUUAUGGAGCACCUCCAUCCCAAGGCCAAUGGACACCAGUCUUUCAACCACAGCUGUCAAGCCUACUGGACCCAGAGGCACUUCACCACUGAUCACCACGUCUACCUGGGCCUCCACCCAGGCCCGCUGGUCUUUCCACACUGCCAGCACGUCGUCUCAUUUGCGGAGCUCUUCUUCUCCCUUGUCCUCCAUUUCUUCCUCCAGUUCUGCUCUGUCCCCCGCAGCCUCACCAUCUGCACUCCAUAGUCUUUUCACCAGGCCUGUUUCUGUAGAGACUACACGUUCUUCCACACCUUUGCCCAGGGCCUCAUCCACAUCCUCCCUGCCUACUUCUUCUCAAACCUUUUCCGCUCCCAUUUCUGCCUUGUCGACACCGAGAUCUCCUCUUACCACCUCGUCCACCUCCAUCCCUUCAGCCUCCCCCACUGCUCCCCCACUGUAUGCACCUACCAGCAGUUCCAUCCCUCCUGCUCCGUUUCCCACUGCGUCCACGAGUGGGUCCCAUUUCCCUUCUCCUUCUGUCUCUGUCCUCCCCACGCCAACCUCCAGUCCUAUUAACACUUCCCUUUUACCUCUUUUAACCUCCUCUUCCCCUGACUCUGCUCUGCCCACCCUGCCAGCUGUCCACACAUCUGCCACCCCAGCUCAGGUGCCAAACUCCAGCCCAGGCUUCCCUUCCACGUCCAGGAUUACACCCAGUGCCUCCCCUUCCUCUGCCUUCUCACAGUCCACCACCUCCCAGCUUACUUCUCUUACCACCCAAGCCUCCAUGCCAGGCCUUGUGUCUUCGACCUUGGGGAUGACAAGCUCAACAGUUUCUCCUACUACCAACCUGACCAGCAGUCCUCCUGGUACCUCCAGGCUGCUGACGUCCAUGCUCCUGUCCAGCUACAUAACCUCGCACAGAAGCUCCUCUACCUUCCCCCCAGCCACCCCCUCCUGGGUGGCCCCCUCAGCCUCCUCUCAUGGAGCCUGCAGUGUGCAGGAACAUGAACAGGAAAUCACCUACCAGGGGUGCACAGCAAACGUGACCCUGACCCGCUGCGAGGGUGCUUGUGCUUCUUCCGUCAGCUUCAACAUCACCACCCAGCAGGUGGAGGCUCAGUGUAGCUGCUGCUACCCGCUCAACUCCUACAAGAAACAGCUCCUACUGCCCUGUCCAGACCCCAACGCACCAGGCCAGCAGCUCAAGCUCACCUUGCAGGUGUUCAGCAGCUGUGUGUGCAAACUCUCACACUGCAAAGACUAGAGGAGCUGCCUGGUCUCCCAUGCACAAAAGGCCGCAGGUCAAGAACGAGACAGAUGCCACCACACUCCUCCUCUGGAUUUGUCCAGCAGCCUCUUUCCUGGACAUAGAUCUGGACUCCACGAGCCUUCAGAGGUGGCUCACCUGAGGCCACUGCAGGGAAGAAGCUGUUGGGAAGGAGCCCUGACCAUCCACCUCCUGCUGACCCAACCCAAAGUGUGGGUGUGACAUGGGCACGUGCUGACCACAGCGUCUGCCAUGCACACAGCCUCCCAGCCUUUGGUGGCAGAAUCUUGCAGAGAAAACAACCCAGGAGCAGAUGCCAGGGAGGAGGCUGCUCCAGCAGGGCUGCUGGGGGUACAUGUGGGCUGAUCAGAAUGGGGACAUGGCGGGUGUGGGUACCUGGACAAGGACAAGGAGGACGAAAGGCCAGGUAAGCACGAAAUACAGCAGAGAGGGAUAUCCCCAGUCAGGGUGACAGGCAGGUGCAACACAGUGGCACCCAGCUGUGCAAGAUGGCUGCCGCCAGAACCCACAUCCUCAGAGGAGGCUGUCACCCACCACCGAGUUGAUUCCAAAUAAACUGGAUCUUGUCCAGGCA